AUGGACGCUUCCAUGAUCCCGUUGGAUUUUGUAAGACCAAAUCAGCUGCAUGAGAUUGGUAGAAACUCGGCAUUUGGUGAAUUGAACGACCGUGUUGCUGAAAUUAUUUCUAAUAUUGACAUGGAACAAGAUAUCAAGUUCCAGAUCUACUGCAAGGCAACUAAUAAGAGAGCAAGUAUCAUUAAAAAAGGAACCCGAAAACCUGGAGCCAACGAGCUACAAUAUGUGAUGAACGCCAUCAUAUACGGGCCAGAAGAACUAUGUGAUCCGGUUGGGGAGUACUUGACAAAGUGUGGUAUAUGUUUACAAUCACCGCUACUGUGUGACAGAGACGUCCCGUACCAGAAUCCGCAAGUGCUUUGCAGAGCCAAGGAACUCGUUAUGACAUUUACUCUACAAGAUAAUAACUUCCCCACGGAAGUCGCCAAAGUGGAUACCUCUGAUAAAUUUUCUGCAUUGACAAGUAAUGUUGAUGAUCACCUUGAAGUGACAGAAGCCCCAGAUGCCAUCGUUACAUCUUUAUAUAUGCACCAGAAAAAAGCGUUGACUUUUAUGGUGAAGCGCGAAGGUGGUUGGCAGUAUGAUGACUCACGAGAUGAUGACCUCUGGGUGAAAGAGAUCGAUGAGUUUGGCCAGGUAAAGUACACGAAUACGAUUACUGAGAUGUCUCAAAGUCACGAGCCGCUAGAUUCUAGAGGGGGGUUACUUGCGGAUCAAAUGGGCCUGGGGAAGUCUUUAACAAUGAUAUCUCUCAUUGCCCUCAUUAGGUGUAAUGUGAAAGGUUUAAUCCACACUGAGCAAGGACCCCUUCGACGUCUCAAAUCUACGCUUAUGGUGGUGCCUUACUCUCAUGCUGAUCGUCAUAGGCAUUUACAACCGAAUACUUUAACGUGGACGCGGUAUCACGGAUCUCAAAAGCGCAAAAUAUUGUCUCUCGGCCAGUUCGACAUUGUCAUUACCACGUUUGAAACACUAGCUGGCGAGCAGAAGAAGCAUUUGGAUUCAAGUCAUAUCAAAGAUACACUCUUCUCGUACUUUUGGCACCGGAUUGUCUUGGACGAAGGCAGAGCUACUGCAAUAGCACGAGCAUGCUGUGCGAUUAAAGCAACUAGUCGGUGGGCUAUUACUGGAACUCCCAUCCAGAACCGUUUUAGCGAUUUCGGUAGCUUGCUUGAAUUUCUGCAAAUAUCUCCAUUCUCGAACCCCAAAAUAUUCGACAAAGAAGUUAUCAAACCUUGGGUAAAAUUCGAGGAUCGCACGAGACUAAAGAAAUUGGUAAACUCCAUUUCCCUUUGCCGAUCGAAAGGCGUCGUUGAUUUACCACCGCGCCAAGAUAUCAUUCGCAAUCUCAAGUUCAAUCCCGAAGAACAAGAGCUGUAUAACAAAGUGAAAGAAAGUACAAUCACAAAAUUAGAUACCGCUCUAUCUUCCAACCCUCUGCAUCCUGGCCAAUAUCUCAAUGCGUUGCAAUGGCUUAAUGAAUUGCGACUUCUGUGUAACCACGGACUAGCCCAUUCGAAACGACCUGUUGUCAAGCCAUCGGAACCCAGUCCAGAAAACAUACAAGUAUGGACCAAAGGAUCAGCAAAUAAGGCCUUUGAGACCAUGGUCUGUGCUGGCGAAGCGCAAUGUUCUGUUUGCUGGGAGCUACUCAGAGAUGGCGCCGGUGGAGGGCAGAAUGCCCAGGUUCCCAAACCUCAUCUUACUAAGUGUUUAACACUCAUAUGCGGUUUCUGUUUCAAAAGCUCUUCGAGAUCAAAGAAAGCAUCGACAUGCUCGCACUCCUCGCCAUGUAAGAGUUUCGAGGUCUCUUGGAAUUUAGACAGUAUUUCAACACCAGGGAUUGAGGGUUCGCUGCUAGCUGUCCAACCCGAACUUGUUUCUACGAAGCUUCAAACUCUAGUGAAAGAUCUUCAGAGUUCUCCUAAUGAAGAAAAAAGUGUCGUCUUCUCGUACUGGACGUUUACUCUCAACCUCAUCGAAUCUCUUCUCCGAACAAAGUCGAUAUCUUAUACUCGUAUAGAUGGUCGACAUUCAGGUGCAAAGCGAGAAGAAGCAAUUCAGAAAUUCCAAACAGACGAAUUAAUUCAAGUAAUUCUAGUCUCUAUUACUUGUGGUGGUGCUGGACUCGAUCUCACUGCUGCAUCGAUUGCCUACCUCAUCGAGCCCCAAUGGAAUCCCAUGAUGGAAGAGCAAGCUCUGUGUAGAAUUCAUCGCUUGGGACAGCGGAAAGCGGUCAAAACUAUCCGGUAUAGGAUCGAGAACUCAUUCGAACAGGUUUGUAUACCCCGAGCUGGUAUCGAUGGGAAACAGAACCUGACAAUGAACUAG